AUGGCCGCGUUCCUUGCGGCCGCUGCUUCGCCCAAUGUAGCGCUGCAACUUCGGCCUUUGGUGCGCCGGCCUCUGCAAAGCACUGUCCUUGGCCGCGAAAGCGAGCCUCAAAGGAGGCGGAGUGUGAGCUUCGGCGCAGCGCAGGGCCUGGGGGUCGGGGCAGCCACUGGGUUCGCAGGCGCUUUCCUGGGGCCAGCUUUUAGCCGGCGGCGGGUGCUGGCCGUGCUGCGAGCCCUGGCAGACUCGAUGGACGGGGAGGAGGUUGAGUCCAGCCAGACCUUGGCCAUCGUUGGUCUCGGCAACGUUGGAGCUCAGUUCGAUGGGACUCGGCAUAAUAUCGGCUUUGCGGCCGUAGACGAAGUUGCAUCGAAGCUUCUCAGCACUGACCGAUGGGCCCUCAGCGGCAGCAUUUGGCAGGAAGCGUUUGGUGGAACUGUGCUGCGCCUGAAGCGGACAGCUUCGAAGGAGACGGAUUCCUACGAAGAAAUCCUCCUGUUCAAGCCUUCUUCCAUGAUGAACGGCUCGGGCCGGCCGGUGUCGGAACUGGUCUCAUCCCUUGGGUUGCCGGAAUCCGCUCUGGUC